AUGGCAACGAUUGGCCGCCAAAACGCACACCAUGUCCGACCGUCCAACAAAGAGCCUGAAUGGUCCAGCAUCUGCAACAAUGUCCUCGAUCAAUACCUCAACGACGACGACAUCUUUGGCUUUGGCUCGGAACAGCGUGGAAGAAGCAGUUCCGAUGACUCUGUCAAUCUCUUUGACUUCUCAGGCUCAAGUGAACAAAGCAGCAACCAGACAAUAGAGACAUCGCCUAUUCCUUCCUGGGAAAUCGCACAGCGUACGGCGCCCGAAGCCCAGCAGCCAAAGGCAAAGGUGCCGCUCGACUUUUGGCACAAAAAGCUGCGUGCACUGGAGCAACAUGCGGCUGCGUCUGAGCACGACAAGUCCCGCAAGCUGAGAACGACCAAGUCACAUCCCGACUUUCUAAGUCUGGGAGGUUAUCCCUCACCUCCAGCGAUACCAGCCUCGCCUACCGACCAAUCAUCUUCAGCUCAGCGUCAAAAGUCACGUAUCGCCGCAAACGGAAACAAGGCAUCGACCCAGCGGAGUGUCACAUCGAGGYCCGUCUCGCGGGGGCGGCCAACAGGAGUGACGAAGCAGCCUCCUGCAGCGGGUGCCGCUGUCAAUCCAUCGGUCACAGUCCGCAAAUCAAGUGCGUCGCCCUCCAAGAUGAUGACCCCGUCGCGGUACCGUGCAGGUUUCAAAAACGUAUGGGCGGAUCGUAUCGAAUCGAGCCCAAAGAAGUACGAGCUCCGAAUGCCAUCACAUACGUUCCCAGCGUCGCCACCGCCUUCAGCCAAGUCAAUCCACGAUUCUUUCGCUGCUUUCGGAUCACCUAUUACCUACUCCGCAGUGCCGGGCUGCGACCCGCAGGUUUCACCACUAGCACGCAGUUUUCAGCAGGCUCGCAUACAUACUCCGCUCACAUCGCCACUGCUAAGUCCGGGAAGCAACGUCAGUCCUUCAUAUUUCGAACCACUACCUACUACGAAUCCAUAUGUGACCCAAACUUUGCCCCUGAACGAUACUGCUCCACUAUAUCCUGAGCGGACAGACUCACUGGCAGCAGCGAACAAUGUUCAAGCAUUUGAUUUUGGAUUCCCAACGUCCACUGACAACGAUCCAUGGGGCGAUCCUUCCUCAUACACAGAGCCAUCAUCAGCCCUGUACUCCGCGGAUCCCUUCAGGAAUACCGACCCAUUCGGCACCCUUGACCAAAACACCAUUUCAGGAUCCAGCUCGCUCGAACUUGGUCUAGGCAUCAGCUGCAACCCAAACCAUCUCGUAUCAAACUACCAGACAAACACGACCGUCCCACCGAGCGCCACGUAUCAGAAUUUGAGCGAGCUGCCAAGCCCAUACUACGUGCCCUCACUUCCCAACGGGUUGCCCGAUACUCAAUACCGCCGAAUAGGCACRGGAUCUCCACCGCCUCCCCAGUCAGAAUGCCGGCCAAGAAGAACAUCUGCCUCGCGAUCCACAUCACGGCAUCACCGCCGGACAAAGUCGACGAAUUCUAGCAAUACCCCUCGACAACCAAAUUUCGCAGCAGCGGAUAAAGGUGGUUUUGUCAAUUAUACUCCACAUGACCACAACAAGAUUCUCAGCGGAGUUGCGCCUUCAGGCAGUUCCAAGACUAAAGCUCGGAGAGAAAAGGAAGCUCUCGAUAAGCGGCGGAGGUUGAGUCAGGCUGCUUAUGCUGCUGUCAUGGCUGCUGGAGGAUCCAUGGAGCAAUUAACGAAAGCCGGUCUGGUGGGUGAUUUGGCGUAUUAG